GUGGUGACUAUGAGAGUAACCAAAUAGUUGGUUUGUAGGGUUUAGUGACCCAACACCACCAAAACAAUCAAUCACACACACAAUUAAACUUUUAGAUGACAAUGCCUUCUGGCAGACGCACCAAUUACACCUUGUUGACUCAGAUUCCCGACGACGAUCCACCGUCCAUGUUCUCCGCCGCAACCGCCAUCGCCACCGCUGGCUAUGACGGAUCUCACCACUCUCACUCCGGCGAGAAGAAGCGUAACAACGACAGAUCUGGAUUCGAUUGGGACCUCAUGACCUUCUCAGAUAACAGGAUGCAGCAGAACCGCCAAUCGCCGUUUCCGCCGUCAAUCAGCGGUUUGCAGCGGCAGUCGAGCGGUAGUAGCUACGGCGAGAGCUCGAUUUCCGGCGAUUACUUUGUUCCGUCUCUGUCGGCGACGGUUAACGGUGUUGGCGGUGAUUCCGAGGGUUUUGCGACGGUGAUGGACGGCGGAGGCGGCGGUGGUGGUGAGGUGCUGCGGUUGAAGUCGUCGGAGGCUGCUGGUGGAGGAGGUGGAUCUUAUUCGUCGAAAAGUUGGGCGCAGCAGACGGAGGAAAGUUAUCAGUUGCAGUUGGCUUUGGCGUUGCGGCUUUCGUCGGAAGCUAUGUGUGCUGAUGAUCCGAAUUUGUUAGAUACUGUGACGGAUGAGACCGCAGGGUCCAGAUCGUCGUCUGGCUCUUCUGUUACAUCUGCUGAAGCCUUAUCACAUAGGUUUUGGGCAAAUGGAUGUUUGUCAUACUUUGACAAAGUUCCUGAUGGAUUUUACUUGAUAUAUGGGAUGGAUCCUUACGUAUGGACAAUGUGUUGUGACCUACAAGAGAGUGGACGGAUUCCAUCACUUGAGUCGCUGAAAGCCAUCGACACCCGUAGUGAGUUUUUAAUUGAAGUGAUUUUGAUCGAUAGGCGUAGCGAUCCAAGCCUGAGGGAGCUACAAAACCGGAUACAUAGUAUUUCCUGUAAUAGCAUAACACCUUUAGAGGUUGUUGACCAACUUGCAAAGCUUGUCUGCCAUCGGAUGGGGGGCACAGCAUUAACCGGAGAAGAUGAGUUGGUUUCAAUGUGGAAAGAGUGCAAUGAGGAUCUUAAAGAUUGUCUAGGAUCUGUUGUACUUCCAUUGGGUAACCUCUCUGUUGGCCUUUGCAGACAUCGGGCUUUUCUAUUUAAGAUUUUAGCUGACACAAUUGAUCUACCAUGCCGAAUAGCCAAGGGUUGCAAAUAUUGUAAAAGAGAUGACGCUUCAUCUUGCCUUGUUCGUAUUAGUGAAGACAAGGAACUUCUUGUUGAUUUAAUUGGCAACCCAGGAAGCCUCUGUGAGCCCGAUUCUUUACUGAAUGGUCCAUCUACGAUCUCAAUUUCUUCCCCGUUGCGCUUUCCACGUUUUAGACAAGUUGAACCCAUGGUUGAUUUCAGGUCACUGGCUAAACAGUACUUUGCUGAUAGCGACUCUCUUAAUCUUGUAUUUGAAGGUCCAUCUAGUGGUGAUGGAGAUACUGGGGAUGCCAUUUACUCUAAUAAGCACUCUGAUAAAAAUAUUGUUGCACGUAGUCCGAGCAACAGCAACGAAGGUUCACGUCUACCUCCUUCUAAAGCUGUGCGUCCCAAAGGGCAUGAUAGAAAUCUACAGCUUCCCAAGGCAUAUGCACCGAAUAUGAUAGGCACAACAAAGAUGGUUAAAGACACACAAUCACAUGUCUUAUCUAAUACCAGAAUGGAGGUGGCUGGUUAUCAAAGGUUUGAUGGGGGUCAACCACAUAAGGCGAGUGAAGAUUUUAACCUUGAUUUUGAAGAUUUGGACAUUCCUUGGAGUGAUCUCGAAUUAAAAGAGAAAAUUGGAGCAGGUUCUUUUGGUGUUGUUCACCGUGCGGAUUGGAAUGGCUCUGAUGUUGCCGUGAAAAUUCUUUUAGAACAAGAUUUUCAUCCAGAGAGGUUGAAUGAAUUCCUUCAGGAGGUUGCAAUAAUGAGACGUCUACGGCAUCCAAAUAUUGUUCUUUUUAUGGGUGCUGUCACUCAGCCCCCGAACCUGUCUAUAGUCACCGAAUAUUUGUCAAGAGGUAGCUUGUAUAGGCUGUUGCACAAACCUGGUGCGAAAGAGACCUUGGAUGAGCGACGACGACUCAGUAUGGCUUAUGAUGUGGCAAAAGGAAUGAAUUACCUGCACCGACGCAAUCCUCCUAUUGUUCACAGGGAUUUGAAAUCUCCCAAUCUUUUAGUAGACAGGAAAUACACUGUCAAGGUCUGUGAUUUCGGUCUUUCAAGGCUAAAAGCUAAUACGUUUCUUUCAUCCAAGACUGCAGCAGGAACACCUGAGUGGAUGGCACCAGAAGUUCUUCGUGACGAACCUUCAAACGAGAAAUCCGAUGUGUACAGCUUUGGGGUGAUUUUGUGGGAACUUGCCACUUUGCAGCAACCUUGGGGUAAUCUAAAUCCCGCACAGGUUGUAGCAGCUGUAGGGUUUAAAUGUAAAAGGCUGGAGAUUCCUCCUGAUGUAAACCCUCAAAUAGCAGCAUUGAUUGAAGCCUGCUGGGCAAAUGAGCCAUGGAAGCGGCCUUCCUUCUCAGCCAUCAUGGAAACGUUGAGACCAUUGACCAAACCUCCUACUCCACAUACAAGUCAAACAGAUGUUUCUUUACUCGUAUGAUGUGAAAAGCGCAUCCAAUGCUCACAAGUCAUAUAUGGGCAAACCAUUGACAAGGCUGAUUGUACAUAUGUUUCGGUUUGCCUGAUAGAUGCCAAAUUUUCUUUUAAUUGGUCAGGAGAAGAAAUCCUAAUUAGUUUGGUCAAAAAAAGUACAAGCUGCUCGCUAGCUGUUUGGUCAUAAUUUUGUAUUGUUUGUUGUAAUCACUGCUUACAGGAAAUACUCUCAAGGAUUUUAUAUAAAUGUAUAUCAAACCCAUUACUUUUGUGAUCUAGUCAAAAUGUUUACAAAUGUAUUUCAAUAUUUACGUAAAAUUGUUAAAUUAUACUGA